AUGACAACAGGCACAAAUCAACUUAAAAGACAUAAAUGUGUAUAUACAAAUACAAGUACAACAGCAGAGAGUAAAAAGACGCAAUUAACAAUUAAUAGUCUUUUUGGUACUGAUCCGGAAAAACUCAAAAGUUGUACAAAAUUGAAAAAGAGUGCACAAAGAUUAGUUAAUCGCCUCGAUAAAACUCUCCACGUGUGUGUUGAGACUAGGUGGAAUAUUAGGUUGAAUAUGAUUGAAUCGAUCUUUAAUCAAUUUAAUGACAUAUUGGAAAUCCUCAAUUCCAGAGGAGAGUCGAUUAGACUUGAAAAUAUUGAUUUUGAAAUGAUGAGGGAUCUGAUCAAGUUUCUGACGCCUUUUAAAAUUGCGAGUGAUGAACUUGAGAGUGAUUUAAAACCUACUAUUCACAAAAUUUAUUCCACCAAAUUUCGACGUUUUUGUGCCCAUCGGGAUAUGAAAAUGUUAUCCCGGGAACAUUAUAAAGAUUUGUGUCAACAUAUCAACACGUUGAUUAAUGCAGAGAAAAUUAACAGAGAUGUGAUUGAGCAAAAGUCUUUAAACAACUCACCAUCUAACUCGUGCUCAACCGAUAGAGUAGUAAAUAAAGAAACUAUAAAGGUGGUAGAUACGUUUUUGGACUUCUCUCUAUGGGAGGCUGACAAUGCGUAUUCUGAUGCUAGCGCCGAAGUUGACGAGCUAAAAAAAUACCUAGAUCCGAAAUUAUGUAUUGAUGACGAUAAUAUUUUAAAAUGGUGGAAAACAAACCAUUAUGAGUUUCCAAAUUUAAGUAUUUUAGCUCUUAAAUUCCUGGCUAUCCCUGCUUCGUCGGCUAGCAGUGAAAGGGCGUUUUCAGCUGCUGGUAGGGCCUUUGAGGAGAGAAGGACUCGUUUAAAGCCAGAUAAACUGGACGCCUCUUUAUUUAUAUAUCAUAAUUAUUCACUUUGUGAUAAUUUUGAUAAUGAUAUUGAUGAGGUCAAUAUAAUAUAA